AUGGAGGAAAAUCAAGCUUUUCCAAAAGUCGAUUUACACUAUAAUGGUACUUUUGUGCCUAAUCCAUUAGUGUAUUUUUCUCCAGAAGUACUACGACUGAAUGAAGAUGCAAACGAGUUUGUUUUCUCCGAUUUCAUCAAAUAUGUUGAGAAGCUUAUCGAUUUUCAGUGCGAGCAUGUGUAUUACUGUAUACCUGAAGUGAGAUUGAGUGAGGGGAUCCAAACACUACAAAAUGAAUGUGACUACUCUGAGUUUCUUGAGGCUUCAAAUGCUAACAGACAUGUGGAUGUGUAUAUUGACCAUGAUAAUGAACCUAUAUUUGUGUGGAUUCAAAAAGAAGAACCAGACGAUGAAGAACUUGUGUAUUCAGAAGAAGAUGUCGACUCUGUUUUGGCAGAUGAUGAGAACUGUGAACAUGAAGAGGAUGAAUCUGUUACAUCAAGAAAAAGAAUCUUAAAAAGAACCUAUAAUGAUAAGUUUUUGAACAAGUUAUGUCCAGUAGUUGUUGCAGAUGAAGAUGAAGAAGGCAAUGAACUUCCAGCUGUCUACCCUAGGCAUGAUGCUACUCAGGAAUGGAGGAAGAUGAAGCCUGAACUAGGUCCAAGUAAAGCAAGAAAGAAGAGUAAUGCAAAAAAUUGUCCUUCACAAGCAGGUCCAAGCACUCCAGCUCCAAGUGCUCCAACACAUGUCAAUCAAGAUACUUUGACUCAAGAGCAUGUCCCUGUGAAUCAGGAGCUUGUCAUUCAAGAGCAUGUCCCUGUGAAUCAAGAGCUUUUCAUUCAAGAGAAUGUCCCUGUGAAUCAAGAGCAUGUGAAUGAAGAUCAUGUGAAUCAAGUUCCUGUGAAUGAAGUACAUAUCAACCAAUAUCCUGUGAAUCCAAUACCUGUUAACCAAGUGCCUGUGAAUCUUGGUGUUAGAGUGCCUAAGAGCCUUGGUGUUAGAGCAAGGAAGCCUUUAGAGAGAAUCAACAAGAUACAAAUUAGGAAGCAGGUUUUUCGAAAGGAUGGCAAAGGAGUGACUGAGGACAACGCAAUUACUUUAGAGUGA